UCUCAGAGUGAGUGAAAGAGAGAGUGAGAGUGAGAGGGAGAGAGAGAGAGAGUGUGUGACACCCGUUUUCUGUGGGAGCUCCUCAGUCCCGCACACGGAUCCUGGGACAGAUGUUCACUGAGGAUAUUUAAACUCUCUGACUUGGAGCAGAAGGAGAAAAGGAUCUGGAGCGAUUGAGAUUCACCACAGCCAGAAACCAGCCAGGCCAUGCUGACACUAUGACUUCCACAAUGUUUCGGUCUGUAGUGUUGACCGUCCUGAUGCAGAAUAUCCUGGUGUCCCCUGGUGUUCUGUGUUCGAAGCCCGAGGACGGAGCCCCUCUCCAGGCCCUGGACCUCCCGUGGCACGAUGAGCUGUGCUGUGACUCGCACACAACCCACUCUAACCAACCGGAGACAAACCGCUCGGAGUCAAAGCUCCCGCACGAUCCCCGCUGCAGCUUCAGCAGCUUGACACCAGAGACGCUUUCAGUCAACACCGGCCCCUGUCUGGACGUGACGUGCAGGAUCGAUGUGAACUGGGAAACACUGACCUGUGAUCUGAAGUCUCAAACAUUUGAGGACGCAGGUGUCAUGGCCGUCAGCUUCCAGCGUCUGGUGUCCCAGAAAGAUGAUUCCCUGGUGAACGAUGGACAAAGCGAUGAUCCUGUCGUCUGUGAAGCGGAGGAUUCCCUCGUUUGUUCCGUUGAUCUCGACACCACGACGAGCUUCGUGUUAACUGUAGGCAUCUCCAACGCCGAAGCUCCGCCCCUUCAACUCAGGAUUCCUGCCAGGCCUGUGAAACCGAGUCCUCCUGUCAACCUGUCACACAUUCAGACCAUAGAGGCAGAACUGGUUUUACUCUGGGACGACCCCUCGGACUCUGGCACUGGUCCGCUGAGAUACCAGGUCCGAUACGCCUUCAACAGCACUCACCCAGCCUGGCAGGUGGUGUCGGUGCCUGCAGAGCCCAGACUGUCUCUGGAUCUGCAGCCAAAUCUGAACUACACCCUCCAGGUUCGCUGCUCCGGGCUGGACGAGCCUCCGCUGUGGAGCGACUGGAGUGAAAGUCACCACAUCUACCUUCACACUGUGAGCUACAUCCCGGAGAAAGUCGUGAUCCACGCGGGGGAGGACGUGACGGUCUAUUGUGUGUUCAACAACCACAGCGUCAACGCCAGCGCGGCCAUAUGGGUUCUAAACCUCCGUGAGCCGCUGGGUCGCAGCCAGUACCACCCAGUCAACCAAUGGGUCAGCCAGAUCACAGUGCGUCCUUCAGAGGCUCGGAUGUACGACCUGCUGCAGUGCACCAAGUAUUGGACCAGCCCUUACAGCCAGAUCUAUGUGCAGGGAGCUUCCAUUGAUAUCGACUGUGUAACCAACGGGGACAUCGAUGCUAUGGACUGCCGCUGGGAGAACAGACAGUCUACUGUGCCCAAACUUCAAUCCAGGUGGGCUGACCUGCCGUGCGACGUGAUGGAGGAGAGGGACCGAGCGGGACAGGAAGUGGGACAGGAAGUGGGCCAGAUGGGACCCACUUGCCUGCACGUCAGAUCCGAUCACAAGAGCUGCACCAUUCAGCCGCUGAGGAUGAACUGCUACAAGCUGUGGCUGGAGGAGGAGUCCCCGCUUGGCCCGAUCCGGUCCAAACCCGUCUACCUGUCGCCCAUAGAUCACGUGAAACCCCACACCCCCACUAAGGUGAAGGCCGUGACCCACAGCAGGGGGGCCCUGCUGGUCACCUGGGAGCCCCCGUCUCUGCCCGUCGAGGGGCUCCAGUGUCAGCUUCAGUACCACUCGCCAUCCAUGAUGAGAGCCCAGCCCGAGUGGAAGGUCCAGAGUCCAGUGCGGGUUGCAGUGGCGGAGGUUGCGGUGCCGGACAUGUGCCGAGUGUACGUGGUGCAGGUCCGCUGCAUGCACACCAACGGCACCGGCUACUGGAGCGACUGGAGCGCCGCCGUCUACUCGGCUCCACAGAACAGCGGAGCUCCUGAGCAUGGUCCUAAUUUCUGGAGGAUUCUUCAAGACGACCCGUACAGGAACCAGACUAAUGUCACGCUGUUGUUUAAGGACCUCCCGGUGUCAGGGCGCUCCUACUGUGUGGAUGGAUUCAUCGUCCAGCACCAAGCCUCGAGCGGCGCCGGGACGAAGGAGACGAUCGAGCCGGCGUCCUCUUACAGCUUCGAGUGGAACCAGGAGCCGCAGACUGUGACCGUGGAGGCCUACAACAGUCGGGGGCGCUCCGCCAACAACAUCCACAUGACGCUGGAGCGACAGCCCAAACGUCGCUGUGUGCGUUCCUUCAGUGUGUCGGUCGUCAACAGCACCUCCGUGUCUCUGUCCUGGACUCUGCUGGACAACAGCUCUGUGCCCGUGUCCAUGGUGGUGCAGUGGACCGUACCACAGAGACAGCACGGUUCUGAUCAUCACAAAGCCCACAGUGACGAUACGUGGGUCCGACUUCCCUACACUGAGCAUCCUGCACAUCUGAGAGGGGAUUUCUUUGGCUCAGAGGAAUACGGCUUCUACUUGUACCCAGUGUUUGCAGACGGAGAGGGGGAGCCAAUGUACACAAUAGCCACCAGAGGAGACCCUGCAGCCUACAUGAUGCUGAUGAUCAUCUCCUUCCUCUCAAUCGUCCUGUUUGUUACUCUGAUCAUCUCCCAGAACCAGAUGAAGAAGUUUGUGUGGAAGGAUGUACCCAACCCAAACAAGUGCUCGUGGGCUAAAGGACUGGACUUCAAAAAGAGCGACACCUUGGAGCAGCUGUUCGGACCCUCAGAGGCUCUCCCCAACUGGUCGCUGCUCAUGCCCUCUGAGAACAUCUCCAAACUCGUCAUAGUGGACAAAGCGGACCAUGAAGCUCUGACCACCGCCCUGGUCCAAACCCCUCUUGUGCCGCUGACCACUGACCCGCCCAGCGCCUUAUCCAUCUCUCUCCCCCCAGGGUUUGACUCGGAGGUCGACCAAGGCCAGUUCACGGAGAGCGAGGUGCUGUUGGGUGGAGCUCCGUCCUCAGCCCUUAAUCUGGAUGAUUUGACCGGUUCAUACCCGAAGAUCGAGUUACAACCCGGCGUCUCGCAGCCUCCGGGCAGCACUGAGAGCUCGGCCCAGUCCUCAGUCACAUACUCCACAGUGCUGCUCUCUGAUCCCAAGCAGGACCAACCGUCCAUUCAUCUCCAGUACAAGGGAGGCAGUGGAUGCAGCUCCAGCGACGAGGGCAAUUUCUCCGCCAACAACUCCGACAUUUCAGGAUCGUUCCCGGGCGGUCUGUGGGAGCUGGAGAGCUGCCGCGGCGGGGAGAUGGACGACCCGCGGCGCUCCUGCUCCUACAACUCCGUGGAGGAGCUUUCCGAAACAUCAGAGCAAGAAGACGAGGGCGAGGGGAGAGGGGAGAAGGACUUGUACUAUCUAGGAAUGGACUAUCCGGCAGAGGAUGAGGAGAGUGAGGAAGAGGAGGAGCCGGAGCUCGGCAAAAAUGUAGUUUUGACCAGGGAGGACUGUUGCGUGGAGUCUCGCCCUCUGCUCGGCGUGGAGGACUCGAGCGGAGCGAUGCAGCAGCUGUCGGCCUCGUCGGGUGGUUUCUCUCCACUGUACCUCCCUCAGUUCAGAACUGCUACGUGCAACAGGCAACUACAGGACAGCAAAACCCAGCUGUGACCCUCACAGGGCCUAUGUUUCAAUGGAAACACGCACCAUUAAAACCAUUGUGUUGUGGAAUCAUUCAGCAAUUACCAAGGAGGAAUUGUAUCCAUUCCCUCAGACACAAAAUGGGUCCGGAGUUUGACAUAUGAGAUUGUCAGGAUCAGACGGGUUCAUAACAACAGCAGAUUUCAGUGGAGGGGGGGUGGCGGCGGGGCAGAUCACGCAGGAGGCCGAACAUAACGUGUAAACUAAACAUGUUUAGAGCACAACACGGGCGUCUGCUCUGAUCGCCAAUAGCUCUCGAAUGAUGAUGUGGAGUUAGUUGGCGUCAGCCGUGUGUAUAGCGCCUCUUUCAUCAUCCUGAGAUGUUGGUAUUCAAGCUUUUUAAGUGUCAUCGACACACCUACUCGCUAGCUGUGAUUUCCCCCAGACGUUUUCCUGCUGUAUCCUCACACGAUCUCACUUUGACGUUUUUACCAGGGGAGCUGUCUGGAGAAGUCCGAAGCAACUGACUCUGACAUUUUGCAUUCUCACACAAAGCCCCUCUGGAAAACUUCAGGAAAACGUUGGGACUUCAGUGCAGGUCUGAAAGCAUCUGUAAUAAUAAGGUGUGGAGCUGGAUAAUGUAAAAAAAAAAAGAAAAAAGAAAAAGUACCUUGAUUUAUGUGCGGUUGCAAUUUAAUAUCAGUCGAUGCUGCUAUUGUGUGAAGACGUCAUGAGGCCACAAGCCUCAGUCACGGGGCUUUUCUUUCUUUCUUUCUUUACAGGGUUUUAAACUCUGGUUCUACUGUGUCAUCCUCUGCAAACUGUGCAGGUUCGGUUAUUCAUGCACGAGGGUGCUGAGACAUAAACUUAAUGUAAAGAUGGACGUAAUGUUAAGCCAAAGUAGCUUGAUCGCCCUCUGGUGGCUGGCUGAAGUACGGGGCAUGAAUCCUGCCUCCUGAAUGUUAUUGGAUGGGACAUGAAACAGAAUAAAAAGUAAAAGUACAUGUUAAAAAUUACGUGUUUCUUUACACACUGACGUCUGUUGGUCAGGUGUUGUCCAUCCUUAUAUCCAGUCUAUGUUGUACAUCUAUUAAACCAGAAUUAGUGGGUGUACGCAGGUUUUUUCUUAACGCAGGUAAACCCACUCGAAGAGGCAAUUGAAUCCUUUCCCAUUGCCAGAAGAGACGUUUGCCUUUUCUGUUUUUCUUUAGUUUGCUUUCCUCAUAAACUGAGGCGCUCCCGUGGAUUUGACCCCGGAGUGAAUGCAGAUUGUGUCCAUUCCCAUUGCGGACAAACUCCAGAUGUUAGUGGGCCAGGUUUUAUAAACACAUUAAAAGAAAAUGACGUGUGCCUACAUUUACUCCAUCUGCUCCUCAUGUUGAAAAUAUGUUUCUCACUCUGCUGAAUCCUUGUAAGGGAAACAGGAAAAAGGUUGAAAGAGAAUAAAAAGAGCCCAGUUGACUGUGAAAGGCCAAAACCUGGACGUCACCUCGGAUCUGCUGGUGUGACUAAAGGAAACCACACGCCGAUGGAAACACGUGGAGUCACUGACGACAGGUGGAUUUAUCUGGGGCCGGAAUUCAUCAACAUCUGCUCGGACUCACUCGCCCACCAAGCCAAAGAAUGUAUUUUUUUUUUUUGUACUUUGUGCUGUAAUGUGUUUUGCGACUUUUGUUAAAGUGUUUUUAAAAAAAAAGUGAUCUAUUUUUCUUUUCAGCGUCAUCGCCCAUCAACAUGAGCACUCACUGUCUGAUGUGAACUAAAGAUUACAUAUUGUAUAUUUUAAACGAGAGGAAGACAAGAAUGAAAACUUUUGAACGUCGGUGAAAAGUGGUUGUUAUUGCACAUGAAGAUAUUUUGUCUAUUUUUGAUGGUGAAAAUAAAAAUAUUUAUUGUGA